AGAUUGAUGUUUAAUCGAACGGGGCUUGCACCUGCACCGAAUGUGCCGAAUCCUCGCAAUGCUGGGCGAAAAAAGAGCAACCCGGUAUGGGAGUUCUUCACAGAUUUGAGAGGUCAUGGCCUUGCUGGGGUGCGAUGUCGAUUCUGUCACUGGGUAACAAACGAUCGCAGUCCCACUACGAUGAAAUUUCACUUGAAGCGAAAGCAUGAUACAGGCCCUGGCGGAUUAUGGGCAAUCUGUGAGGAAAAAAUCAACUCGCAAGCACCUGCAAAUUAUGCCCCUCGAUCACGAAAGUCAGAAGAUGCGUUGUUGAAAGCGCUGACAAACCAACGACAUCAAAUGCAAACAUUCAAUCCUUUUGGCACCGCUGAUGUAAAACUCGGACUAUCGGCUCAAGAUGACUUCUUGACAUCACUCAUCCAACAAGCCACUAGCAUGUCAGCGUCUUCAGGAGAACAGGAGACGAUAGGCUCACAAGAAAACGAUGGUUUCUCCUUUUCGGAAUCUUUAUUUUUGACAAAGCUCAAUGAGGGUCUCAAGGAAGAAGAUGGUUCUUCAUCGUCUACAAGUGGUCUCAUAUGUCCUACUGGAAGUGACUUCCAACUGAGCGAUGGUGCCAGCAUUGCUGCACUUUUGCAGAUUGCCACAGAUUCUGACCUGACAUUCACCUUCAAUUCACGGCGUUGCGGUGAAUAUUGUUUUGAGUCGAACAGAAAAAAUGUGAGUGGACGAAUGGUUGUUUUUGGCGAUGCUGGAACAGAAAUUCGAGUUGCACAGAAAAUAGGAGAUGAAGAAGUGAAUGUGGAGACUUGGAGAAAAAGUGACUGGCCCCAGUUUUGCUGGGCAGUCCGAGGUGCCUGCGUGCAUUUCCUCAAAAUCUAG